AUGAAGAAAGAUGUGCGUAUAUUGCUAGUAGGGGAAGGUAAAAGCAGAUUAUUUAGUAUUUAUUUAAUUAUUUUCAAAGUAUAUAUUAAUUGUAUGUUUGUCACUUUGACCUGUAAACACAAUGUUCAAGUGAAAUACAUGUAAUAAAUUUUCGAAAUAUUUUGGAAGCUUAAAAAAUUCGUAAGAUUUAAACAUGUAGCCAAAGCUAUUUAAUUCUUUAGUCACUUCAUUAAUAAUUUGUAUGUAAUUUCAAGCCCAGCAAAUCGGUGUAUAUUGUUUUUAAUAAAUUGUCAGGUUUAUUAUAAACCUAUGCAAACAAUUGUCUAAUAAUUUGCCCGUAUUCUGUCGCAUCUAAGGGCCUGUGUACACGAUUAAAUUUGUUGUACAUUAGUUGUCAUUCUGGUGUAUGAAAAUUUAUACUACUGACACCACAAUUCCUUUUUAAUUAAUAAUAUAGUUUUUGGUUAACUUGUGUUUAUUUUAUCACAAUUGCCUAUUGAACUCCCCUAUGCUCUUCAGAUGUCCUAAUACACUAUAGCAGAAAUACAUUCCCCCUCCCUGUCUGGAUGGCAGAAAUUUCCUCCUUGGGGUAGUGUGGAUAUUUUUUGGAAUAACUCAACUACCAAAGUUUCCACAGUGGUAUACUCUCCAAAUAAGGCUCUAAUUUGCAAUGUUUGUUACUCUAGAGGAAGUUGGCAAAACGUCGUUAAUUUUGUCGUUAGUCAGCGAGGAGUUUCCUGAGGAUGUAUGUAGCUUAUUGUGUUCAUUUCAAAUUGAAGUAUGAAGGAUCAGAUUUGGCUUCCACAACUGCCACCAAUAACCAUCCAUGAACCAAUCAGAUGUGUUUAAUCUAUCUGAUUAACCAAUCACAUGCAUACUUUAGUCAGUAACAGGUAGCGGUAGUGGAAAUCAAAUCUUCCACCUUAACAUGUGCAUUAGUAAAUUUAAUUAUGUAUUCACUGAUAUUAAUUAAAGACCAUGUCAAGUCCAAAAUGUAAACAAAUCCUCUGUUUAUAUUUUGAACUGCUAUAUUUGUAAAAUAAGCCCAUACUAAAGUUCUGAAUAGCUAACACUUUUCUGGUUUGCUAUUGUAAAUGAAUAUAAACUAGAGUACGUUUCAAUUCAACAAAGUUCGAAAGAUGGACAAUUUGGGCAAUGUUUAUACCUGCAGGUCACCCUUUGUUAUGAGCAGAACUUAUGUGCAGAAUGGACUUGACAUGGUCUUUAAUGAUGUAUUAACUGGUAUUAAAAUUAAUUUCCCAGGUACCAUGUUGUGCAGAGGAAAUAACAAUUCCUGCAGAUGUAACGCCAGAAAAGAUCCCAACUCACAUUGUUGAUUAUUCUGGUAUGGAGAUGUUUUAAAUUACCAUAUGUGAUAAGGCCAGGGUCUUAGCUAGAGGGCCGUGUUGGCCGUGUUAUCGCGGCCAAAAAUGGAAAAAUACGGCUAGAUAAAAUAAACACGGCUUCAUUAUUUAUAUAAGGCCGUGUAAGUUCAUAAAAUAAGGUGUUACUGCUUACAACAGACAGAAUUUCUUCCUAUAUACGUCAUAAGAAAGUUUGUAAAAUCUACUGUAGUUGUUGAAAUUGGCAAAACUGAUCCGUGGUGUUUUAAUGUUUUGAUGGGUAAUAUGGGAACCUUAUGAUGUUAAAAUGGUUUUAAAUACACCCCCAAUAUUCUGGGCCCGAGAGUUGCUGAAAUAACUUAAUAUUUUAAUGUCAGUGUGCAAUAUGAGUGUAUGCUCGCCUUGUAUUUGGUUGCAAAGCAUAGAACAACCACACGCAUUGUCUGUUGUUGGCGAGCAUAACUAGAACUGUGAAUUUGGCCAUUCAAGGUAAUUGACAUGUGCACACCCUGGUCAUUUUGAAACACGCCCAAGAUCUAAAAUCCUAGCUAAGACCCUGGAUAAGGCUGUCUGUUCGAGAGGGACGUUUAUUCGACGAUUAGAUAAGGCCGUCUGUUAGAGAGGGACGUUUAUUCUUACAAAAUGGCAGUUUUAGCUGAACAAAAGUCCAAACUUUUUAAGUUCCAUACAUACAUUCUUGAUUUCCAGGUUUGGAGCAAACACCAGAAGUACUUGAAGAGGAAAUAGAUAAGGUUUGAUUUUGUGAUUUACCCAUGACUAGGCUUGACUGGUUUUAUUUUAAAACCGUUUUUUUCGGUUUAGCUUUUAGAAAAACUGGAAAACCGUUAUGUUACAUAAUUAUGUACUACAUCUACAUAUAAUUAAGUCGGUAAAAUCUACAAAUGAUAUCACACCAACUAUUUAAAACUAAAAUAUCUAUAAUGUACGGUAUAUAAAAUUCUAAAAAAGUUCAAGUACAUAGGAUAAAAUACAUUAGUCCUGAUUGUCAACUAGGUAUUCUAAUAGUUCAGACUUGAAAAGUUCAAAGGAAUUUAACUCAGCGAUCUCUGCUGGUAGACUAUUCCAAUGCCUUAUAGUUCUAGGGAAAAAAGAAUAAAAAUACGUGUUCUUUGUGGCUUUGUCUUGUAUAUAUCUAUAUUGAUGGCUUGCGCGAGUUCUAAGUUCGGUGUUUGGAUUCAGAUGAGUGUCGGUGUCGACAUCGAUUUGCCCUCGGCUCAUCUUAUAUAACAAGGCUAGCCGAGUCAUUGUUCUUCUUAGCUCCAAGGUGGUCCAUCCUAACUCGUGUAGCAUGUCUGUGACACUGGCUGUGGGAUGAUAAUUGUUGCUACUGUCAUCGCCCGGCAAUGUCACCGACUAUGAAAAUACUGAUCACCCUUAAAUUAAAACACUGAUCACCCAAGCCUGAAAACAACUGUGCCUGAAAACAACUAUGUAAUAACAGAGUUUGACUUAUUAAUUAAAGUAUAAACCUCCAUUUACAUGCUGAAUUACUAAUUUCAGUUUUAUGUAUCGAUCAAUUCGAAACUUCGCCAUCCCCCCCCCCCGGGCCGACCCCGGGAAUUUGAACUUUUUGAAAUUUGACUGAUCAAAUUCUCCACCCUCUGUGCAAAAAAUGUCUUCAAAUGCCCCACUGUAACAAGAAAUUAGGCGUUCAAAUGCCCCACCUUCAUAUGAAAAUUAUGAAACAGUAAAUACAAAAAGUACAAAAUAUACGGAAAUGUUUCCGACAAGAUAGCGAAAUUCGCGUAAACAGUUUGGAUACCUUGUGGAAAUUUAACAGUUUUACACGUUAUGUAGUACAUACCUUCAAAUGAAACACAUAGAUUUUCCAUGCCCGUUUCUUUGAGCCAGUUUUUUCACAAAAUUGAGGCCGUUUCCCUCGAAAUCUGAGAAAACUGUAUUUGCCGCCAAUACGAAGUAUUUUCUGUGCAUACAGGAAGCACGCGAAAACGGGCAACAUUUUAAGACUUCCGGUUCAAAUUCCCCACCCCGUUAUCAAAUGCCCCACCACAUGGAAGACUUAGAACGUCAAAUUCCCUACUCCCUGGAGAAGACUUGAAGUCAAAUUCCCGGGGUAUGCCCGGGGGGGGGAUGGUGAAGUUUCGAAUUGAUCGAUACAUUAUAUUGUAUAUUUUUUGUAAAGGCUGAUGUCGUGUGCAUUGUUUAUGAUGUAACGAGACCUGACACGAUUGAGAAGGUGUGUUCAAAUCCUUUGAAAUAAAAUGAAAAGAAUGUACAUUUUUAACAGUAUAGCUAAAGUUGGUGAUGGUAGGAUAGAGUGCACUCUCCCCUGCCUCCUCCAGAGUAUAUUCUUUGAAAUAUAAUAUGAAGUAGAUGUAUUCUUGAUGACAAGCAAGAAUGAGCCUGGAUUCCCCCCUACCAAGGCUGGCACCAAAUAUGUUCUGUUGACGUUUGUACUAGAUUGAGAGCUACUGGAUUCCUUUGAUCUUGACAUCUGUGGAUGAUGAAGGUACACCACAAAGUAAACCUAUAAUACUGGUUGGAAAUAAGGUAGGCUGUCGCAUUUAAGCUAGCCUGAAAACAGACCUGCGUUUCGCCUGCCUCAAAAUUUGCAGGUCGACGGAAAGGGCAAUACGUUUCGCCCUUUUCCCGUCGACCCGCAAAUUUUAGGGUGGGGGAAACAUACGUCUGUUUUCAGGCCACAUUCCAGGAGCAGUUGUGAAAAAUGUGUUGAGUCGGUUAGAGAGCUGCACCAAAAUUGCAGGGCUGCAGGUUCAAUUCCUGUCAGAGGGCCUAUAAUUGCAUUUUUUCACAACUGCCCUGGGUUAGAUCUAAUAAAUGUAUAUUAUAAUUUACACUUGAUGGUAUAUUCAACAUUUUACAGAGAUAUCUUUUUUCUAUCAUUCACAGAGUGAUCUCUCUGAGCAGAGUACAAUGGAUGUAAGUUAUACAGUGUCAUUAUUUCUGUACUAUUUGCAGUUUAGACCAGCACAUAUGGUGUUGCAGUCACCAUGCUUGCCUUUCAAGCUGGGAGACCCGGGUUCAAUCCUUGGUCGGGUUGUAACACACACCCCCCCCAGACAUUCCAACCACUGGAGGUAAAAUUUAGGGAGACUGUUCAGUGAAUUGAAAUCUAGUUCUUCUGGGAAAAAAUAAUAAAAAUUAAGUCUUCUGAAAUGGCGUUUCCUGCAUUUUGGGACUAUGUUGUUUUAAGUGAUCCUAUAAAUUGCCAUGAAGCAACUUCAAAAAAGGUCAAGACAGACUAUUAUAUAUGCUAAAAACAGUAUAUUUAUAAUUUUUUAUGAUAUUUCCUGAAUAUUCUGAAAAAUCGGGAGAAUUUGAUAAAAAUCGGGAGACCGGGAGAUUGCAUGAAUUUUCGGGAGACUCCCAGUAAAAUCGGGAGAGUUGGAAUGUCUGCCGCCCCAAUAAUUCAAACGUUGGUCAAAGUUGGUCAAAAUGGAACUGGUAUUUGCUCAAAGUUGGUCAAAAUGGAACUGGUAUUUGCUCAAAGUUGGUCAAAAUGGAACUGAUAUUUGCUUAAAAUUUAAUGUCGAAGAGUUGGAAAAUUGUGGUGAAAAAUGGACCAUUUGCAUUAUAGACUAAAUUUUGAUCUAGACAAGUUUAGUCAAACAUUUCAUCACAGCUUGAAAGAGCAUCACAAAAUUAGUAAUAUUCCAAAGUUUUGUUGCGAAAUGUUGUAAAAUGCGGAUAAUAUAUAGCCCUGCGAAGUUUGCCAUUUUUCGUAUUACGCACAGGAAAUUGACAGUCCAAUCAGGUGUUGCGGCAUCAUUUUCCUGUUUGUAAUACAAAAUGACUGAAAAUUGCAAAUUUAGCAAGGUAUAUUAUCUGCAUUUUACAACAUUUCGCAACAAAACUUUGGAAUAUUACUAAUUUUGUGAUGCUCUUUCAAGUUGUGAUGAAAUGUUUGUCUAGACCAAAAUUUAGUCAAUAAUGCAAAUGGUCCAUUGGCAAGUCUUGCUUAUUUUGCUUGAAAAUGUUUUAAAUAUGCGUAACCCCCCUCCCCGUCGACAACAUUUCCCGGAAAAAGUUUUACGACUUGGUCAAAAUUCUAUUAAAUAUUGGUCAGAACAUGACAAUACCCCCUUCCCGCCCCCCCCCCCCCAAUGUUAAUGCCUUAGCGACGUCCCUGUCAGUAAAUGGUUAGACUUUCGCGUCUUCUCGGUUAAGGAUCAAUUGGCACGGCAAUAGCCUGUUGGGAAGUCCGCUCACCAAUGAGUGAGAAAGUCAAUAAACUCAAUUAAAUGUUUCUAUAAUUUAGACUCUGGUAACAAUAAUGAGCAGAUAUUCUCAAGUCAAAACUUGUAUCGAGGUAUGAAUGAUACUAGGUACAUUACAGUGCAGUGUUCACUCUGAGAAAACCUUUCUCUGUCUAAUAUGUUAAAAGUAAUUAUGAAUUUAUUGUGUGUUGAUAAAUAUAUUUUAAACUUAUUUCAGUGUUCAGCAAAACUGGUCAAGAAUAUCUCUGAGAUGUUUUUCUAUGCUCAGAAGGCAGUUCUUUAUCCUGAAGAUCCUUUAUAUUCACAAGAUACAAAGGAGGUUUUCUAUCUAUAUAAUCUCUAUAUUAGAUGUAGAUGUCGAAUACACAACAAUCGUUGUAGUGUUUGCAAUUGAGCUGCAGCCAAGUCAGUACAAAGUUUGUCUCAAUUUGCCUCUUAUUAUAUACACUUGGCCUAUCAUUUCAACCUAUAACUUAGCAGGGUCUGAAAUUUGCAGUAUCCCGAUAUCCACAAGAUACUAAAAUUUGGUUUUGGAUACCGAACUGUGAAUGACUUAUAACCCAACUGGAUACUAAGAAAAUUUCAAACAUUAGGAAAAUGUUAAGCAUCUUUGAUUAGCAUUUGAAUACUACAUGUACAGUAUGCAUGAGUUUGCCACCCAACACUUUCAUCAUAUUAUGUGCAUUUUUGUAUAUUAACCCUUUGAGUGGCAAUGGACCCUGAUGUACCCUACUUUAGUAUUUUACUCUGUCUAACGCCAGACGAUUUUACUCGUCAAGUGGAGAGUGCUGCCACUCAAUGGGUUAAUGAAUUGACUAGUUGUUGACUGUUGAAUCUCCUGUUGUUAUUGUAAUUUGUAACAGCGAGAGUUAUUGGACGGGACAGGGUAUAAUACUUGAAUUUUAUCGCGGCAAUUGCCGUAGAGGGAGAACAAAAUGCCGUGGAUCAUUGCGGCAACGACGGCAAUUUUUUGCCGUAUAGUGCAAUUUUUAUACUAUUCACUGUGCAUUACUAUUUUGAUACUUGAAUUCAGAUGUUGAUCAAAUCAUGCGUAAAUCACUAUUUUAGUCUCAGUUUUCUUCGAAAAAAAAACACUAAAGAAAAAUACGUAGACAUGUUUCUAGCUUGUCAACAAUCCAAAGUCACAAUAAAAUUAAAGUUUUAUUACAGUAAUUUGAAAAAUGCCGUGGAAACUACCAAAAUUGCCGUAGACAGCUGUUACGUUCUACGGCAAUUUUUAACGCCAUUGCCGUCGAUUGAUUUAAGGGAAAUUCGAGAGGCCUGACUUAUAGUAAUCAGGAUCCAGAAGUGGGGAUACUGGAUUCUCAGGGGGAAUACUAAACGUUGAAUCCUGGUAUCCUAGUUGGAUACUGAGAAAAAAUUUUAAUUUCAGAUCCCGACUUAGCGUACUGUAACUGUUUAAAACAAUGCAUAGUUAUAUAUGCGUACUAAAGAUUUUCAUCAUAUUACGUUUUUUUUUAGCUGACAGAACUUUGUACGAAUGCCCUCACAAGAAUAUUCAAGGUAAAUAUUUAUCUCGAAGUAUUGCUGUACUACUGUAGAUACGUAAAAACGCGCAAGUUGUAACAAACCUGCAGCAGAUUUGUAGCAACGCUGUUCCAACAACUUGUCAACAGGAUGUGUUCGCACUGCUUGUUCCCAGCUUGUUGACAACUUGCUACAAGGUCGUUGAGCUUAACAGGCUUGUUAGAAGUUGUUCCAACAACUUGUUAUCUCAUCCUUCAUGUCAACAAUUUGUCAACAAGUUGUGAGUGACAACCUCGUUGCAACUUGAUAAAUUAACAGCAUUGUUACAACUUGUUGACCAGCUUGUCGACAAGUUGUGAGAUUUCUACGUGUGUAGUCUAUCACUAUUGUACUCUGUAUACUAGUUUUUUAUUCAUAUUUUUGUGUAUUCUUACAAGAUUUGUGAUGUCGGAGGUGAUGGAAUAUUGGAUGACAAAGAACUCAACAAUUUCCAGGUGAAUGAUGUUGAAUUGGUAUAGAAGAAGAUCUUUCAUGCAUUUACAGAACAGUUCCAUUUGAAACCUCGAAAACGUUGCUCUAAAACUGCGUUUAUACCUGAGUGAUUUUCCAUUAGAUAGUAUAUACUAUAGCGAAAAUCACCAUUCAGUAUUGAGUCGCUCAAUUUCUUCUCUCCAUUUUGUAUAGUAUCAAUGUUUCAACUCACCGUUGGAAGAGGAAGAAGUUCUCGAAGUGAAGAAUUGCGUGAGACGAAACACACACGAUGGACUGAAGAAUAAUGGACUGACAUUAACUGGUAAAUUACGUCGACUUUCUAACUGGUAUACUAAAGCCGGUUUUCCACUUCACCCGCCCGUACCGAAACGUAUCAAAAACGUUUUUAAAUUUCAAAAUUUCGUGAAUGUUGAUUGGUUAGUACUUCCGUAGUACGCCAAAAAGUGGACUUGCGACGAACUUUUUAUUUUGAUACGCGAAUACACCCGGAAGUACGUGGAUUUAUAAACCUCUUUUCAAUCUGCGCAUGCUCACCAGUACGUUUCGGUACGAUACGAGCGAAGUGGAAAACCGGCUUAACAUCGUUGAAGGGAUUAGACGACCGGGCGUAAUACAAAUUAAUACAAAAUUUGCAAAUGUCGCAGGGCUAUAUUUUCCGCAUUUCACAACAUUUCGCAACCAAACUUUGCAAUUUUACUAAUUUUAAUGUGCUCUUUCUAGCUGUAGUGAUGGAUUUUGUUCUUGCCUACAUCAAAAUUUAGUCUACUAAAUUGAGAUGUCCAUGUAACCGAACAUUUUUAGUCGAGGGGUGACUAUCAUUGAGGGCGACUAAAACAUUUUUUUAAAUUUCAAUCCCUGUUCAUGAAGACGCUACGUUUCAUCUCUAGGCUUUCUUUUCCUGCACAAGCUCUUCAUGGAGCGAGGUCGCCAUGAAACAACUUGGACAGUUUUAAGAAAGUUUGGUUAUGGCGACGAUCUUGAUUUAAGAGAAGAUUACUGCGAUGCAGGGUAAGCAAAGAAGCGCAAAAUUUGAGUUGAUUUUGUGAAAAACAUUUGUAUUGAUAAUGAUCUGGGCUUGUGGAUUGCCAUAACUAAUAAUGCCCUUCUAUUUUCUUUCUGUUAUGUUAAGGCUAGAUAUCCCUGCAAGCUCGACAACAGAGCUAUCGGAAUUAGGUCGUGAUUUCUUUACAAGAUUGUUUGAAAGAUGUGACAGGGUAUGUAUUCUUUGACUGCAUGCUAAGAUCUAGACUACAUAGUAUAUUACAACUUUGUGAAACUCAUGACAAAUUCAUGGAGAAAAUUCAGAAAAAAUAUUGUGUAAUGAGGUGGUGUAGCAUGCACACAUACAAAACUCUCCAGAUUUGCCUAAACUUUUUCCUCGAUUCUCUCAGUUAAAAUCUUUAUUUUGAAAAAUUGUUUCGAAACACGACAGUUUGUAGUAACUUUGAACUAUAACAAGCUUUCAUUGAUAUAGGAAUGACUUAAAUGAUCUUUAUUUUAUUUCAGGAUGAAGACAGUGCAUUAUCACCAGAUGAAUUAGAGGUUGAUUUUACAAACUUUAUUUUUUUACCUGCCUAAUUUCAACAUUACAUAAUUCAUAUUUGUUCAUUUCGUACUGUAGGAUUUAUUCAGUCUAUGUCCAACCAUGCCUUGGGAUAAAGAAGUACUAAGCUGUAUCCAAACCAAUGACAAAGGAUGGAUUACAUUUGAUAGUUACAUCGCACUCUGGGUGUAUGUAUGCACUACCAUUUUAUACGUCUUGUACACACGUAAAAACACACAAGUUGUUACAGGUCUGCAAACAAGUUGAACUGAAUUACAAAUCUGUGUCGACAAGCUGAUAACAAGUUGGGACAAGCUGAUAAUAACCUGAAAAAGCUUGAUGGCAUUAUCAAACUUGUUACAAAGUUGUUCUAACAAGUCUGAUACAGUCAUGAUAUAACAAGAAUGUUACAAGGUUGAUCACACAAGGUUGUUAUAUCAUGACUGUAUUAGACUUGUUGGAACAACCUUGCGACAAGUCUGAUAAUAUCAACAACAUUGGUACCAGCUUGUUCCAAACUUGUUGACAAUUUGGGACAAGCAGUGCGAACAGGCUUUACACGUGUAUAGUACUGUGGUCUGUUUCAACUCGUUUCAACGGGGCGUUAUGUUUUCAUGUAGGUUGACAACGUAUCUUGACAGUAACAGAGUGUUCACAUGGUUGUCUUAUUUUGGUUACACCCAUGGUGAACUGGAAAGCCAACUGUCUACCGCUGUUACAGGUACAUGAUUAUGAUUACGAUUACGAUUACGAUUAUUCAGCUCACACCCCAUCGGGGCUUUUCAGUGACCGAUUACAUCAAGUAUUACGCUUACUUAUGUUACUUACACGCGUAAAAAUCAUCAUGUUGAUGCAAGUUGUUCAAAACAGGAGCGAACAAUGUUGUGCUGCACCCUGUGAACAAUAUUGUUAACAAGUUGUUGAACCAUCAACAUUGUUGCAACUUGUUGACAAUCAUGUUAACAACUUGCAACAGUACUGAUGGUUGAACAACUUGUUAACAAUAUUGUUCACAGGGUGCAGCACAACAUUGUUCACUCCUGUUUGAACAACGCCGAACAACCUGAUCAAUUUUUACCCGUGUAGCCUAUAGACUAUUUAUUUUUACAACAAUUGUGAUAUUACUUUCCUAACUAUGUUUUAUCCUAACCCACCCUGUCAACUUUCCCUGUGGGAGGAAACCAGAGCGCCCAGAGAAAACCAACGACUUUCGGCAGAGCGUUGACUAACUUUUUUCACGUGAGUCCACACAUGGGUCCAUAACGACAAUUGAAUCCACGAUCUCAGAGGUGAAAGGCAUUCGCUCUUACGACUGUGCUCCGGAAGUCCCCAACAGAAAGCUAUGGAUUGAGAGGGAUUCAAAACCUGAAAAAGACAUUUAAAUAAAUGUCCCAAUUGUUUUUUUCUUCAUUCAAAGUGACUCGUAGUAAAGACGUUGAUCUUGCAAAGAAACAGACGUCAAGAACUGUCUUUCGAUGUAACGUAAUUGGUCCUCCUGGUUCGGGCAGGGUAGAUAUCGUCCAUCACCAGGGAGUCUUUUCUUAGUUGCUGCAUGGAGUGGUCUACGGUAUUAACACACAUAAAAAUCUCACAACUUGUCAACAAGAUGUGUUCGCAACAGGCUUGUAGCAAGCUUGUCAACAAGUUGUAACAAUGUUGUUAUUUUAUCAAGUUGCUACAAGGUUGUCACUCGCAACUUGUCAACAAGAUGUGUUCGCAACAGGCUUGUAGCAAGCUUGUCAACAAGUUGUAACAAUGUUGUUAUUUUAUCAAGUUGCUACAAGGUUGUCACUCACAACUUGUUGACAAAUUGUUGAAUUGCAGGACGAUAACAAGUUGUUGGAAGUAACAAGUCAUUAUUAUUACAAAAAUCUUUACAGAGGGUAAAACAUUUCAGUGCACAAGACACUGUUGAGUCUGUUGAGCUCAACCACCUUGCAGCAAGUUGUCAACAAGCUGGGAACAAGCAGUGCGAACACAUCCUGUUGACAAGUUGUUGGAACAGCAUUACUACAAGUCUGCUGCAACUUGUGCGUUUUUACGUGUGUGUCGAUCGAAAUACAUGCAGUGGCAGGUUUAACUCAUCGGUAAACGACAACCGUGUUAAAUAGGAGCCUUGGUCUCAUUUAAUUCUAAUGCUGAAAUUAAUCUUGCUGUACUUUCGUUGCAGACUGCAUUUCUACAAGGCCAUGUGAACAGAAGCUUAGAGGUGAACAUCUAAUUUACAAUAAUUAAACCACUACGUUGUACUCAAUUCUAGAAUUGAAUAUAUUCGUCAAGUCAAAAAAGAUCCCACCGCUACGAAAUUUACAAUUAAUACUGCUGAGGUGAACAAACAUGAAAAAUAUCUAAUUGUAAGUAAUUGUAUUAAAUAUAAAAUUAAAUUUAAUUAGCCUUCUGCCAAAAGAGAUCACAGUGCAUUCUGGGAUCGUUUGGAGGGACAAAAUAUGUGAAAGAUUAGAAGUAUCUAUACUAUCAAAUAUCAACUUUUUAGACGACCAAAAAUGAAAUAUCUCCUUUUUACAUAAAACUUUUAAUUUAAAUGUGUGCUGCCAUAUUUCCCGUCCCUCGAACAUGCAUGGGAUUUGGGCGACUAGACCCAGGACUUUGGGAAAUGGCUAAUAACAAGCUGCACGUAAGUGAUUUUGUAAGGAAACUAGGAGGUAGUUUUUAUAUUUGUUUCUUUCAUUCUUGCACUUUCUUUAGUUAUGUGAAAUUGCGUGGAAUCAAAUUGACAAUGAAUUACUAAAUAGCAAGAAAUGUGAUGUCAUUUGCUUUCUCUACGAUCAAUCUGAUCCGAACUCCUUUUCCAAAGUUCUGGAACUACAUGAGGUACUGUACUGACCUGCAUGAGAUACUGUAAUGACCUGCAUGAGAUACUGUACUGACCUACAUGAGGUACUGUAAACUGAUUGAAGGCUGACGGAUAUGUUUUCUCCACAUACCAUAACAAUUAUUACAUGAAAUAAUGUCUUUACAGAACGUGUUGUCUGGUGUGCCGUGUUUGUUCGUUGCGACAAAAGCAGAUCGUCCUGUUGUUCAACAGGUAGUCGUACUCGUUCAUAAUUUCUGUUGUACUGCUACGUACCUGUAUACACAAUGUAAUCUUGCCUGUAAUAUACGAUAUACCGUUCGUUCCUACCUUGAACCUCCUGAUGAAAGAUCGCUCGAAAUUUAGAGUAUUUUGCAGUAGUUCAGAAACAGAUCAUGCCAUAGUGCACAAACUGUCGUUUUUUAACUUUUCAGAAUUGCGAAGUACAACCAUCAAUGUACUGCACUCUCAAUAAUCUCCCAGAGCCAGUG